CCCAUCCAAAUGUUCAACGCGUUUUUGGUGGCAGAAACUUUACAUUCUCUCUCUCUAGAUUAUAUUUCCCAGACCCCUGUAACUGGUAGUAACUUUCUCGUCUCAUUCAAUUCAUGAUGGCCCUCUAAUUCUUGGGAGUGGGGGCUUCUGUGACUUGUGGUUCUGUAACGAGCUUGAGGUAUAAGCAUGGCUGCACAAAGCAAAGAAAAGAGCAUUUCUUCGCCAUCCACUCCGCAUAAAAGCGACGCUCCCCCAAGAAGGAGACGAAUUCCUUCACUUAGAGGCUUAUUAGAAAGCGAGAUAAUUUCAGAGAAGAGCAUUUCUCGGUAUCUAAAAUCGUCCACAAGUUCAUGCCAUGAUUACUGCAAGUAUGGAAGAAAGCAAGAAAGUGAAGCAAAGGAGAAGAAGAAGCCUUCUCUCUCUAGAAAACUUCCUCUCAAAAGCCCAUCCCCAUCCCCAUCCCUCUUCACAAAAACUUGCAAGUCUGAAUGCUCGAGGGACCGACCUGCCACCAAGACCAAGACUACUUCUCCUUCUAGCAACACUGCAGCUUUUGCAAAACCGGUUACCACCAAAUUUCCAUUGCAAUCACCAAAGAGUGGCAAUAGCAGCAAACCAGUAAAGAGAGUAGAAAAGGAAGGGAGAGAAAGUGCCACAAAUUUGAGCUCUAGUACAGUCGAGAGUGCAUGUAAGGUGGAGGAUGAGGCAAAGACCACCAACUCAAUUGAGCCAGAGGAUGACAUUGUAAAAGUAAUAGAAGUUGUAGAGGACCAUGAUGGGAAUCAUGGUAAUGAGGAUCAUGGCCAUGAUGAUGGUGAAAGGUGCAAUGUGGAUGGAGAUGGCGAUACCAUCCUGCCCAUUGAUUGCGAACCCAAAACUCCAGAGCAAGAAAGCCCAGAGACUUACACCAUUAAGGAUCCUCUCUCAGAAGAACAAGAAGGAAUACAAACCCAAAAGACUGGCGCUGAUCAUAGUGAUGCUGAGGACAAAGAGCAUGAUGCCCCCAUUGAUGCUGCUAAUGCAGUUUCUGUUGAUGAUGAUGUUGAUGAUGAAGAUGAGGACAGUGAUGAUGCCGAGUAUGAGGAGGAUGAUUAUACUGAUGAUUCUUAUGAGGAGGAAGAGAAUGGGAGUGAGAGAAAGAAAAAUGAAGGUAUAGAGAGAAGAAUUGAUGGAGGGGAAGAAGGUUGUUUUUCUAGAAAGCCAUGCUUUCAGAGGGGAACAGUGGUUGUGCCAGAAUCUUCUGAUGACAAGCCCCGCAAACUAAGAUUUCGGAGAGGCCGAACGAUUGGAAAUGAGGAAAUCAACAAGAAUUUAGGGAGAAGAAGGUAUAAGAAGCGAGAGGUCCCAGCCAAGAAUGGUGAUGGAGCUGAUCAGCGUGGAAAAGAAGUGGUGCUUAACAAAGGUAGCAUUCAGGGAAAGAAGGAUGCUUUGGUAUUUAAUGAGGUGAUAGAAGAGACAGCAAGUAAGCUUGUGGAGAAGAGGAAGAGCAAGGUGAAGGCUUUAGUGGGUGCCUUUGAGACUGUCAUAUCUCUUCAAGGGGAAGGACCAAAUAAAGAUGACAAUGACAACGACAAAAACAAAGAAGAAAACUAAGACAUUGUAUGUGGCACAUAAGUGGUCACUAAUUAGUGUUCUCUAUCUAUAUAAUGUUCUUCAUGUAUAUCAGAUCUUGUUAUAUAAGAACAUUUUUGCUCAACAUUAGAAAGGAUUUUAA